AUGAACUCAACGGCGAACGGAUCCAGCGGACCUUGGAGCUGCUUAGAUCAGUUAGAUUCCACUGCGUCAAAAAUCGGAGCAACCGUUAUUCUCUGUCUGAUCUUUAUCGUUUCACUGGUCGCAAAUUCUCUUAUUGUUAUCAUCGUUUAUAAAACGCCGAACUUAAGAAAACCGAUAAAUUUUUUCAUCGCAAACAUGGCCUCAUCUGAUCUGCUGCAUCCAAUAUUCUUGGUACCUUGGAACCUGUUAGUCUUGCACGGCACCAACUCCUUAGUUAUCGGUGGUCAGCUUGGCCAGGCCUUGUGUAAGCUUGCCCCUUUCUUUACCAUAGUUUCCUAUACCGUUUCGAUUCAGAAUCUGGUUCUGAUAGCAGUGGAUCGCUUUGGAGCCGUGGUGUUUCCACUCCGUUCACCACUCAUCAGAUCCAAGCUGUGUCCCUUCUUUAUUCUCGCUACAUGGAUAGUUGCCGUAACGGUCAAUUCACCAGACUUGUUCACUUUCGAGCUCGUUGAAUCCCCAGAGGAAUUUUGGUGUGAUAUGGAAUGGGAGAAAGUAUUCCGAGAGUCAUCGUCUUAUGCCAGUUUCGUACUAGCUUACUACAGUCUGUUUACAUACAUCCCUGUGCUGUUGCUAGUCACUCUUUACUCCAUCAUUGUUAUCAAGCUCAAGACACAGGCACACCCAGGUGAACAGUCCGCCUACAGUCAGCAACAGCGGGACAGAAGAAACAGAAACGUGCUUCAAAUGUCCAUUGCUAUCGUAACAGUGUUUGUGCUUUGCUGGUUACCUUACUCUAUCAACUUUUUAAUCCUACAGUAUCAGAACAGGUCAUCGCCUUUCUCGUGUAGUUUCUGGAUAUACGAUGUAGUCACCGUUUUUAUGGCUAACAUGUACUGUGUCAUCAACCCGAUUAUCUGUUUCAUGUUUAGCAGUAAUUACCGAAAAGCUCUUAAAAGACUCAUAAAAUGUUCUUUUGUACAGGCGUAG